AUGUUGAUAGAAACUGAACCAGGUGAGAAGAUCGGCUGGCUAUACCAGCCUCCGCACAUCAGCAUCAGGUUGAACCAUCCACCACCCCCUGAACGUCUCAAACUGGGUAACAGGUCAACCAUCGUGGCCGUGCUGCUGGCAGUCGCCGUCGCAGUCUGCGUCGUGUCCGCCGUCGCUGUCCCGAUCACACGGCGCAUACGGCACGCUGCCCAGCGCGUCAGCCUGUGCGAGACCACGGCGUGCACCUCUUACGCUCGCAUGGUGGCGCGAAGCACGUCGGGAUCGGUCAACCCGUGCCACAACUUCUACCGCUUCGUCUGCGAAGGCUACGCCAACUCGUCGCGGUCAGUGUUCCGGGACCACAUGGACGCCUUCACGAGCCUCGUGGCGCAUUCGCUGCGCACAGCCAUGGCGCCGGAGUCGGCGCAGAGCGCAUUCGAAAAGGCCGCCGUCUUCUACCAGUCAUGCGUCGCUGUGGUCGCCGAAGGGGCAAGCCAGUUCGACCAGUUUCGAGCAGUCAUAAUUGACGCCGGAAUCCUCUGGCCACAAGUUUCCAAGAGGCCAAACAUCAUGGCGUCAAUGCUCAAGAUGGCAGUGACGUUGAAUAUUUUCACCCUUGUCUUCUUCGCGGCCGAGCACGACGGGGAGAAGUGUCUCAUUGAAAUCUGGAAGGGAGACGUCCUGGAACACCUGAAACGACGUCGCCGCGAACUUGAAGCCGACGGAAAGUACGAGCUCUACUACGACUCCUUUAUCCAGAUUUUUGAAGGCUACGAUACGAAUGCAAUAAUGGGCGGCUCUUUGUUGGCGUCAGCUACCUCUGGCAGCGAAUCCACGCGCUGGGAGUACUUCCUCCAGAUUGAAAACGUUGCCUUACAUUAUCUUACUGGUCGGAAGACGACCACAAAGACAGUAUUCGACGAUGUUGCCAAAUUGAAGCGCAUAUCGCCGUCAAUAUCACCGAGGCGCUGGGCUCACUUGUUUGGCCAAAUGAUGUUCACUCCGCUUAAUAAAUCGGAGAAUCGGUCGUCUCCGUCCCUGCCAUGCUCUCAAGAGAUAAGGGUGUGGGACGUGCAGUAUCUUCGCGCCCUGGACGACCUUUUGCUCGCUGUCGGCGAGCAACGGCUCCACUUCUACUACGGCUGGACUGUUGUCCAGGCUUUAGCUCGCUUCAUGUCCUACGGUCUCGCUGUCCUGAGCUACGGAAGUGCCAAGGCAGCUCGCGACGAGUCAUCGCUUAACUGCCUGCGGCUCACUGAGGCAACCAUGGGUCUGGUGGUGUACGAGCGGUACGCAGCCAGGCAUUUCAGGCAGGACAUACGAGUGGAGUUGCACGAAAUGGUGAACGUGGUGUACUCGGCGCUUCUGCGCAACAUCCAGGAGAUUCCAGAGUUGGAUGUACGCGACACCUCGAUGGACUUGCGGCAGCUGGAGCGCACACUGCUCCCGAGGCUCGAGUUCCUUGACAACAAGGACCGACUGAACAGGCUGCUCGUCGAAGUGCCGUCCAUGGUGCGCCGCUCGUUCGCGCACAAUUGGCUGGAGCUACAGCGCGCACUGCGCCGCAUGAGCUCCGAGGUACGCGGGGUCAUCAGCUCCUGGUACUUGUCGAGCAUCGCCGGAGCCAACGGCUACUCGAUCCACAGAGCUGGCAACAAGACAGAGCUCGGACUCGCGCCCCAUUUGACCCUGCUGCCGUUGUACGAUGCGAGUGUGGUGGACAGCGUCAAGUACGGUGGUCUUGGUUCCCUGAUCGCGGAGGCCACGUUCCAGUUCUUCGAGGAGCAUCUGCCCGAGCAGAGCGGCUUCCGCUCGCUCCUGGAACAGCGCACUCGCUGCUACGAAAGCGCAGGGCCACUACGCGAUCUUCAAGGGGAUCCUGUCAAGCGCGCUGUUUUCAAGCGCGCCGUCUCCCAGUCCUUCCUGUGGCAGGCGUUCCAGUCUCCGCUACGACGACGUGACUAUCUCUGGCGCCUGCGUGACCUCGAGUCUUUUUCGGAGCAACAGCUGUUCUUCAUGGCUUCCUGCUUUCCGCUCUGUUCUGGAUACCAGAGCGGCGUAGCUGAGCUCACCUGCAACGAGCCGCUGAGGCAUAGCCGACACUUUCCGGGCGCCUUCCGCUGCCCCGGAGGUGCGCCCAUGAACCCUCGACUCAAGUGCAGCGUAUUUUACUAG